UGCAGACAUGUCGCUCUAUCUCUACUUCUUCCUCGCUGGAUGUUUCUGUUACAGCUCUAACACGAUUCCUGAAGUGACUGUGCUGCAGAACAAAGUGGCUACACUUCCCUGUCCUUGUGGGAAGGGAAAUGUAACAUGGAGGCGCUUAAUAAAUGGUAAAAAGGUGACACUUGUCAAAAUCAAAAACGGCGUCGAGGAAAGAUUUGACAAGCGCUACGGUUCCCUGGCAGACAAUUCACUGGUAAUAACAAAUGUUAAGUCCUCUGAUAGUUUGAUGUAUUUCUGUAAUACAGCAAAAGUAUAUCUGAACGUGAUAACAGAUACCAACACGGUGGGUCCUAAUGCUGGAAAAGUAACAGACAGGCCAAUAAAUGACGGACUAGGUCCUGGCCUUGGACCAGACCAGAAGGGAAACGCUGAAGACGCAGAGAACCAACAACCCUCAGAUGUUUGGAAGAUACCAGUUGGUGUCGUGGUGGGUGUUGCGUUGGUGCUUUUGUUGAUCUUUACCCUGAAAUUCUGCUUCAAAAACAGAAUGGAGAAAACCACCAACUUGGAUGAAACUGUUCCUGAGGUGAUUUAUGAGGAGAUUGAAUGUGGAGAGGAGCAGCCAGCGAGGGAGUCUUAUUUUGAAAGUCCAUACUACUCGACAAGCAUCAGGGAAAUGGAAAGCACCUCCACACCACCCAAUAAUACCCUGUACAGCACUGUUAACAAGCUCACUACUAAAGGACGCAGCAGUGAAGAGUGCGUGUAUCACCUCGCCCAAAACCCACUAAAGACAGGAAAUGUGGGUGAAUAAGACGCUGUCAGUAUCAGUUCACACUUGGUAGUCUGAUAAUUAUAGAAAAUGGUCAUCACCUGGAUGAAAAAAAGCUCAGAAACUGCUGUAUUUUUUUAUUUCCCGUGCCAAGUUCUGGCUUCCUUUCACAGAAGAGAAAUAAAAAAAGCAGCCUGACUGGAAACAUUAAAACCCUGCCAAGUGAAAUGCAAUCGCCCAGGACUAAAGGGCUCGACUAUUAGUGAUAUUGGUGAGGUGAGGUGAAUGCGCAGAUCACAAAGACACACUGCUGCUGUACAGAGCAGCUUCUUUCCUAAGUUCUCCACCACAAAACCUUUUUUUUGUUUUGUUUAGUUACAUUUUCUUGUGGUGUUUUGUUAAGUGUGGAUGUUGUGUAGAGUUAACCGAGCAUAAAUUCCUUAAUUUCACUUUUUUUCAUCUGUGAAAACAGGUCGGGAAAAAAAAGUUGGUGAAUGGUACAUAUUGUGUGUUAACAAGUUAUGUACAUUUAAACUGAAGAAGACAUGAGUGCUUUUAGAGUUAUUUAGAACAUGGUGUAGUGAUGCACGUUGGCCUCUUGUAGCCACAAUUUGUGUUAUAACAUGAUGCAAUUAAUCCUGACAAAAGAAAUAACCUGCUACAAACCAUUUUUUUGUCCGUUUAAAAAAAAGAAUUUAAGGAACUUGUUUUGUCUUUCAGUCAUGAAUACAGAAGGGAAAACAAUAUAAUUCAGAAUAUUAGAAAUUGGAUAUCUGGAAUUUGUAAUGAUAACUUUGUAACGUGCGGCUGUGGCGUAGUGGAGAGCAAGGUAGUUCUCCAAUCAGAGGGUCGGUGGUUCGAUACCCGGCCUCGGCAGUCGAUGUGUCCUUGGGCAAGACACUUAACCUCAAGUUGCUCCUGAAGGCUUGCCAUCGGUGUGGACUGGAUGAUGAAUGUUAGUUAGAGUCUGAUGGUGGCACCUUGCAUGGUAGCCUGUCAUCAGUGUGUGAAUGGGUGAAUGAUAUGUAAUAUACUACUGAUUGCAAGUCGCUUUGGAUAAAAGCGUCUGCUAAAUGACUGUAAUGUAAUGUUCCUUUUGUUAAGUACAAAUACUAAACUGUUAAGCUAAUUGCUUCU